GCUCUGGCAUAAAUGCGGCCUCGAGUGGCGCUCCCUGACCGGCGCGGUUGGGAAGGGGUUCGGCGGCAACAGCUGCUAUUGCUGGUGGGUUCGCCUGGGAGAGGGUGUGAGGGUCUCCGCUCUGCAACACCCUCCUGGCCGGUGCCUGUCGCUGAACGCCCCGGUCGAAACCCCCUCUCUUCUGAUCUCACUCCCCCCCACCCACCCUCCCCGGCACAGCCACUGUAUCCGCCGCUGCCCCCAUGGACUUACUGGGCCCUAUGGAAAUGACGGAGGGCUCCCUCUGCUCCUUCGCAGCCGCUGAUGACUUCUAUGAUGACCCGUGCUUCAACACAUCAGACAUGCACUUCUUUGAGGACCUGGACCCCCGGCUGGUGCAUGUGGGGGGUCUGCUGAAGCCCGAGGAGCACCCACACCACCACGGGCACCCACACGAGGAGGAGCACGUCCGGGCACCCAGUGGGCACCACCAGGCCGGCCGCUGCCUGCUAUGGGCCUGCAAGGCUUGCAAGAGGAAGACCACUAAUGCUGACCGCCGUAAGGCUGCCACUAUGAGAGAGCGGCGGCGGCUCAGCAAGGUCAAUGAGGCCUUUGAGACUCUGAAGCGUUGCACCUCCACCAACCCCAACCAGCGCCUGCCCAAGGUGGAGAUCCUGCGCAACGCCAUCCGCUACAUUGAAAGCCUGCAGGCACUGCUGCGGGAGCAGGAGGAUGCUUACUACCCGGUGCUGGAGCACUACAGUGGGGAAUCGGAUGCCUCCAGUCCCCGCUCCAACUGCUCUGAUGGCAUGAUGGAGUACAGCGGCCCUCCUUGCAACUCCCGCAGAAGAAACAGCUAUGACAGCAGCUACUACACAGAAUCACCAAAUGAUCCAAAGCAUGGGAAGAGUUCUGUUGUUUCCAGCCUUGAUUGCCUCUCGAGCAUUGUAGAGAGGAUUUCCACAGAUAACUCCACAUGUCCUAUACUGCCUCCAGUGGAAACUGUUGCUGAAGGGAGUCCCUGUUCCCCCCCAGAAGGAGCAAGCCUGAAUGACAGCGGAGCCCAGAUUCCUUCUCCCACCAACUGCACCCCACUUCCCCAGGAUAACGGCAGCAGCAACCCUAUCUACCAAGUGUUAUAAAGGCAGGUCCAAUGGACUGCGCCGAAAACGCAUUGCUCC